GACGGAUGUCCAGGCAUUAGCAUACUUUACUGUAUGUGAUUGACAGCGCAACCAGUUUAGCAGGUGUAAGGUUUUUUUUUCUUUCUUUCUUUUUUCUUUCAUAUUAUUCAUUUACAAGCUGAUGACAGACUUAGCCGUGGUCAUACCAUCAACGAUGCGUUCAAAUACACAAGUUUACGGGUUAAGAAAAGAUGUAUUACUAUUUGCAUGUUCUGUUUGGAUUACAUUCUGCCUGAUUGUAUGGCGAAUGAGCUGUUUCCAAAUUAGCAAAUUUGAUCCCCCUGCCCCUAAAGAAGUUCCAAAAAAAGAUUAUUCAUUAGCAAGAUCAGUGUCUGAGAUGGGAAUCAGUGAUGAGGAGUGGGAAAGACUACAGAAGGCUCUCAACUGGCCUGGUCCAGAUCAACAAAUCACUCAGCUGAAUCUGAGCACAAGUCCAGUCCACUCAACAUUCUCUAUUGUGGAACUGAAAAAGAGUUACAAAGUGGGAGAUAACAUCUCCGUCAUUAUCACAGCCAGAGACCACAACAAGAACCUAAAAAGAUAUGGAGGAGAUUUUUUCAAAGCAAAGCUUUUCAAUUCAGAGCUAAAGGCAAGUGUGUACGGGGAGGUUGUGGAUCAUCGUAAUGGGACUUACUCAGUUGUUCUUCUUCUUCCCUGGGAAGGCCAGGCACAAGUUUUUGUACGUCUUGAGCACUCCAGUGAGGUUGUGCAGAUUCUUAAAAAAUACAGGCAGUCUUCAUUCCCACGUAGUCACUAUAAUGGCCACUUUGAAGGGCUAGGACCCAAUAAAACCAGGAUCAGUGAAGUAGUAGAAUGUAAUCUUAAGUGGGGUGGAGAAGGAAGCUGGAGGAAACACAACUGCUGCUGUGAGUAUAAGGAUAUAAAAACUGGAACGGUGUGGCAGUGUGAGAGACCGAAGAAACUUCCAUGUGACAAACUGGUUUAUCACUCAAAAGGAGGCACAGAAAACCCAUUAAAUCCCUUUGAGAAGCAGUUUUUUGCAAAGUAA